GUCGAAAUUAGUCUUCUUUGAUGAUCGUAUGUUAUGUUUGUGGUAGGCUACCUAUGCAACUUUUUGGAGCCUUCUCUUUAAAAACAUUAUUCAUCAAUCAAUAGUUAAAAUAUGUGAGUGUUAGUAUCCUUUUAAUUCAUCUCAUUGAAAUGGAUGAGUUCAAAUCAAUUUUUAAUAAUUACGGCAUAACUAAACGGCUUUGGGAUCAACUGUGUUCGGAAAUUAUUGAAGGAUCUGCUACUUACUUCUAUGAAACUACUAGAACCUGUGCAUUAGUGAUACUUCUUCAUAUUCUCAUAUGCUUCCUAUUCUACUAUUUUCAAGACAAUUUCUCUCAUAAAGUUGUAAAUAAUGAACUUGUAAAGAACUCUCGCAGAAUUCUCCUAGUGAUCGCCCAUCCUGAUGAUGAAUGCAUGUUUUUCGGCCCUGUGAUAUUAACGUUAACCAAGAAAAGAGACUGUCAACUCUUCCUCCUAUGUCUUUCCAAUGGUAAUUUCCGUAAAUUGGGAUCAAAAAGAAAGCAAGAACUCUGGGAUAGCUGCAAAACUUUGGGUAUUCCAGACAGUCAUAUCACACUAUGCAACAAUCCAUUCAUGCAAGAUGACCCGACUGUAGUUUGGAAAAAAGAUGAAGUGGCUCAAGUUAUUCUAGAACAAGUAGAAUCACUUGAUAUUGAUACAGUGCUAACCUUUGACGAGGAUGGUGUUAGUGGACAUUACAAUCAUAUCUCAAUAUUUAAUGCUAUGUCCUACAUGCUCACAAAAAACAUUCUUCCCAAUGAUUGCAAAGUUUUUACUUUGCAGUCUAUCAAUAUUCUUCGUAAAUAUUCUUUCUACAUGGAUCUACUCAUGACGCACAUUACAUCUAAUAUUAUUUGCAAAGUGAAAAAUGAUGAACUCUAUACUAUAAAGAAAGCUAUGGAGCAGCAUAAAACUCAGUAUGUUUGGUUCAGGAAAAUAUAUAUAAGAUUUUCUAGAUAUUCUUUUAUAAACUCUUUUCGAGAAAUUGAUAGUAGCUGCUUUGAUUUUGAUAUAGAUGAUAAUGGUCUCUAAGGUGCUUUAAAUUUUGUUAUGAGAAUACAUUUUUGAUUUGUUAUUUAUCAAA